GCGACGGCGCAGACGCCGCUCGGGGCAGGGGCCCGGCGGCUGGAGGUCUGUCUCGAGCCCAGAGAGGAAAGCCCCGGACAGGCUAAGAGUGCCCAUCUUGCUGCCCGCUGCCCUCGGUGAGAUGGACGAGGCUCCCAAGGACAGGACGUCACUGGUGCAGGGCGCCAAGGCUGUCGCCAGGGAGGUGAGGAAGCAUGUGCACCAGGCGGUGGACCAGGCCCAAGAUGGCUACACACAGAGGUCUUACCACCGCUUCCAGGACGAGGACGACCUCCCCGGGGGGGAGACCUACCCCGGGGACACCCAGGAGGACGAGGGCUCCAGCGAGGCCACGGAGGGCCACGAUGAGGACGACGAGAUCUAUGAGGGGGAGUACCAGGGCAUCCCCAGCGAGCCGCAGGCCAAGGACAGUGUCAUGGUCGUGGGACAGCCCCCCGGCCCCCAGUACAAGGACCGGCGGGAGCUGGAGUCAGAGCGGCGAGCGGACGAGGAGCUGGCCCAGCAGUACGAGCUCAUCAUGCAGGAGUGUGGCCACGGCCGCUUCCAGUGGCUGCUCUUCUUCGUCCUGGGUAUGGCUGUGAUGGCCGACGGCGUGGAGGUGUUUGUGGUGGGCUUCGUGCUGCCCAGCGCCGAGACGGACCUGUGCAUCCCAAACUCGGGGUCGGGAUGGCUCGGCAGCAUCGUGUACCUCGGGAUGAUGGUCGGGGCUUUCUUCUGGGGUGGCCUGGCGGACAAGGUGGGGAGAAAGCAAGCCCUGCUGGUCUGCAUGUCCAUCAACGCCCUCUUCGCCUUCCUCUCAUCGUUUGUCCAAGGCUAUGGCUUCUUCCUCUUCUGCCGCCUGCUCUCAGGAUUCGGGAUCGGAGGGGCCAUUCCCACCGUGUUCUCCUACUUUGCUGAGGUGCUGGCCCGGGAGAAGCGGGGGGAGCACCUGAGCUGGCUGUGCAUGUUCUGGAUGAUCGGCGGCAUCUACGCCUCCGCCAUGGCGUGGGCCAUCAUCCCGCACUACGGGUGGAGCUUCAGCAUGGGCUCGGCCUACCAGUUCCACAGCUGGCGCGUGUUUGUCAUCGUCUGCGCCCUGCCCUGCGUGUGCUCCGUGGUGGCACUCACCUUCAUGCCUGAAAGCCCGCGCUUCCUGUUGGAGGUUGGGAAGCAUGACGAGGCCUGGAUGAUCCUAAAGUUAAUUCACGACACCAACAUGCGUGCGCGCGGCCAGCCCGAGAAGGUCUUCACGGUGAACAAAAUCAAGACCCCGAAGCAGCUAGACGAGCUGAUCGAGAUCGACAGUGACACAGGGACCUGGUACCGCAGGUGUUUCGUUCGCAUCCACACAGAGCUCCACGGAAUUUGGCUGACGUUCAUGAGGUGUUUCAACUACCCCAUCAGAGAGAACACCAUCAAGCUCACGGUGGUUUGGUUCACGCUGUCCUUUGGGUACUAUGGGCUGUCUGUCUGGUUCCCUGAUGUCAUUAAGCACCUGCAGUCUGAUGGCUACGCACUGCUCACCAGGAACGUACAGAGGGACAGAUUUGCCAACUUCAGCAUCAACUUCACCAUGGAGAACCAGGUCCACACGGGGAUGGAAUAUGACAACGGCAGGUUCCUAGGAGUCAAGUUCAAAUCUGUGACCUUUAAAGAUUCGGUUUUUAAGUCCUGUACCUUUGAGGAUGUGACUUCUGUCAACACCUACUUCAAGAACUGCACCUUCAUCGACACCGUGUUCGACCACACAGACUUCGAGCCAUACAAGUUCAUCAACAGCGAGUUCCAGAACUGCUCCUUUUCCCACAACAAGACGGGGUGCCAGAUCACCUUCGACGAUGACUACAGCGCCUACUGGAUUUACUUCGUCAACUUCCUGGGGACGCUGGCCGUGCUGCCGGGGAACAUCGUGUCCGCUCUGCUGAUGGACAGAAUCGGGCGCUUGACGAUGCUGGGUGGCUCCAUGGUGCUGUCGGGCAUCAGCUGCUUCUUCCUGUGGUUCGGCACCAGCGAGUCCAUGAUGAUUGGCAUGCUGUGUCUGUACAAUGGGCUGACCAUCUCCGCCUGGAACUCGCUGGACGUGGUCACUGUGGAGCUGUACCCCACAGACCGCAGGGCGACGGGCUUCGGCUUCCUGAACGCGCUCUGCAAGGCGGCGGCCGUGCUGGGGAACCUGAUCUUCGGCUCCCUGGUGGGCAUCACCAAGGCCCUCCCCAUCCUGCUGGCCUCCACCGUGCUGGUGUGCGGGGGCCUCGUGGGGCUGCGCCUGCCGGACACACGGACCCAGGUCCUGAUGUGA